AUGGCGGAUGAAGACUCUGCGAGCGACAGUCCAGUCAAGGCAAAGCUUUGUGGAGAGCUGUGUGAAAUUUCAGAUGACAUGGAGAGACCAGGGCUGUGGACAGCUGAGAAAUCCUCCUCAGACGCUACUUUUGGCCUCCUGCUCGGUGUGUUUGUGGUCUGUGGCCUGGCUCUGCUGGGCCUUCUUACAUUCGUCUCUUGGAGGCUGUGCUGUGUGCCUUGGCGGACUAAGGCCCAUUUCCCCAGCCCAUCCCUCAGCCCGGCCUGUGGCCCAGAGCGCUGCCCGCUCCAGCCGCAUCCCCUGCUGCCCAGCCCCCAGCAGCCACUGGUCACCAUGGCGACAGAGAAGGUGAAGGACCCCAUGGGCUCGAUGGGUUUCCUGGAGGCAGCAGUGAAGAUAAGCCGUACAUCCCCCGACAUCCCCACUGAUGUGCAGCUCUCCAUGAGGGAGCACUUCCUGCGCCGCACGCAACGCAUGCAGAGGCAAACCACUGAGCCGGCUUCCUCCACUCGGCACAAUUCAUUCAAAAGACACCUGCCCAGGCAGAUGCAGGUAGGCAGCCUAGACCUGGGAAAUGACUAUGUGGUGGACGAAACGCCCACCAGCAUCGGCCGCAUCCAGCCAGAGCUUUACCAACAGAAGACCCUUGAAUCAGAGGAAUCAUCCAAGAACGGCAGCAGCAAAAACUGUGGCUCGAUUAACUUUUCGCUCAAGUACGACUACGAAAACGAGGCCCUCCUAGUCAACAUCAUCAAGGCAGUAGACCUACCUGCCAAGGACUUAUGUGGCACAUCUGACCCUUACGUGAAGGUCUACCUAUUGCCUGACCGCAAGAAGUUCCAGACUCGCGUCCACAGGAAGACGCUCAACCCCACAUUCAGUGAGAGCUUCCAGUUUCCCGUGCCUUACGAUGAGCUGGCGGUCAGAAAGCUUCAUAUGAGCGUCUUUGACUUUGACCGGUUUUCACGACACGAUAUGAUCGGGGAGGUGGUGCUGGACAACUUGUUCGAGACGUCAGACCUCUCCAGGGAGACGAACAUAUGGAGGGACAUCCAAUAUGCCACCAGUGAAAGUGUUGACCUUGGGGAGAUCAUGUUUUCACUAUGCUACCUGCCCACCGCAGGCAGACUCACACUUACUGUCAUCAAGUGCAGGAACCUCAAGGCCAUGGACAUCACUGGAUACUCAGAUCCCUACGUCAAAGUUUCGCUCAUAUGUGACGGGCGACGUUUGAAAAAGAAGAAGACAAGCAUAAAAAAGAACACCCUGAAUCCCUCCUACAACGAGGCCAUCAUCUUUGACAUCCCGCCAGACAGUAUGGACCACGUCAGCCUGCACAUCUCUGUCAUGGACUACGAUUUGGUAGGUCAUAAUGAGAUCAUUGGUGUGAUGAGGGUUGGGUGCAAUGCUGAGGGACUUGGCAGGGACCACUGGAACGAAAUGCUGGCAUAUCCACGCAAGCCCAUUGCACACUGGCACCCCCUGCUGGAGUCCAAGAAAUCUGAGAAAGAGUGGAAGGCGAGGACAGCUAGCUUUGACAGCCAAGGCUCCUGCCCCUCACCCAGGCCCCCUGCUAGUCCCUGAGCAGAGCCACCUGUGACCCAGCAGCCCAGAAGGGGGUUUCCUCCCUCCUGCUGAUCCACUUCCUGUCUGUCUGAUUGAGGAGAAACACAACCCCACUGUCUCCCCCUCUCCUCUCCUCUC